UUGCACCGUGUCGAGACCAACAUGUCGGGAGUGGUCAACACUAUGGGAACCACAAGAAGAAGACUCGUCAUGCUUUCGCUCUGCCUGUCUCAGUUCCUCGCUGCCAUCGAUAUCACCAUCGUCGCGACCGCACUUCCGACCAUCGCCAGCAGCUUGCAUGCGACCUCAGCACAAUACACGUGGGUUGGCUCAGCAUACAACCUUGCAAGUACGGCAUCGACACCACUUUGGGCCAAGCUGUCCGAUGUCAUCGGAAGGAAAUCCGCGCUUCUCGCGGCCAACGCUAUAUUCCUGGCUGGUAGCUUGCUAGCUGCCCUUGCCCAUUCAAUUUUGGUUCUCAUUGGAGGUCGCUGUCUGCAGGGUAUCGGAGGUGGAGGUAUGAUGAUUCUCAACACCAUAAUCAUCAGCGAUAUCUUUCCACUGGAAGAUCGAGCAAAGUACUAUGGUCUAUCCGCCAUUGUCUGGGCUAUCGCAAGUGCCCUUGGUCCGAUGCUGGGAGGUGUUUUCACUUCGACGAUUGGUUGGAGGUGGUGCUUCUACAUCAAUCUGCCUCUCGACGGCAUCUCCCUUGUUCUGGCAGUCCUCGCCCUGAAGCUCAACAUCAAGAGAGCCCCAGCCAAGGAGACACUUGCAAGCUUGGACUACGUCGGAUGCAUUAGCAUUGCGGGUGGCGCCAUACUUUUCCUGCUCGGAUUGGAAAGCGGAGCUAGCCAUCAACAUUCUUGGACUUCAGCCUACACUCUUGGUAUGCUCAUCUCUGGCAUCGGCCUGCUGGCAGGAUUCAUGAUCUGGGAGUGGAAAGGUGCUAAGAACCCUCUGAUCCCGAUCCAAGUCUUCGCAUCCCGCACAAGCAGGGCUGCUCUCACCGUCGCUUGCUGUCACAGCUUUGUCUUUAUCGGCUUCGACUUCUACCUUGCCUUGUACUUCCAGGCAGUACUUGGUCGCACUCCAAUAAUCUCCGGUGUACUUCUCUUUGCAUUGAUUCUGCCGCUUUCAUUCGCAACAUUCUUGACCGGGAUGUUCAUGCGCAAAACUGGUAAAGUCAGUCCUUUCAUCUGGUUCGGAGUAUUCUUCAUGACUCUCGGAACUGGACUAUUCAUCGACUUUGGCUCCAAGAUGGUACUGUGGAAACUCAUUGUGUUCCAAAUUAUUGCAGGUAUCGGUGUCGGACCACUGUUCCAGGCUCCGAUGAUUGCGCUUCAGAGUGUGGUCAAGCAGAGGGAUGUUGCAGCCGCCAACUCCGCUUUCACUUUCCUUCGCAGUCUGGUCACUUCUUUGUCUCCGGUCAUCGGCGGUGUUGUGCUCCAGCGUGGGCUUGGGUCCAGCUCAUUGACAGGCAAUGGACAUGUCUCUGCCGGUGGUGGUCAGAAUUCGGUGAAGUAUGCGAGUGCGUUGAGCAACAUGUGGAUCUUCUACACUGCAUUCUGCGCAAUCAUGCUUGUUGCGACGGUUUGGAUC